AUGUCUUCUGGAGAGUUGCUGUCCAAUGGGACAACAGUGCUCAUCACUCGCACCUCCGCCCCUGGCUCCCCAACCUCACCCACUUUACCCGGAACGCCUUCACCGGCUCUGGAUCUUUUCCCACUCCGUCGUGGUGCCACCCAGGACGGUCAACGAGGCAUGAAGACUGCCAAGAAUGCAGAACGUUCUAUCGGGGCCAGGACUCCUCCCCAUCCAAAGCCAACUGAUAAAGGCAAAGAGCCUAUUCGAGGGGGGCAUACAGACACUGUGUCUAACUUUGGCAGAGAAACCUAUGUCUCUGCGUACAGCGGAACGUCUCCUUAUUCAUCUCACGGAAAGACAAGGCCUUCCACUGCGGAUGGUACCCUUAACGGACGCAGCAAAUUUCGAGGAAGUCUACUGGUGGCUGCUUCAGACGCACUGGGCUUUAAAUUUGGGCGGCGAAGACCUCAAUCUGUUCGCCAACCCUCCAGUCCCAUAAUUCUUCCGGACGUAAUCGAAAUUAGUGCACGUAGAGACGAGGAGGAUGAAGAGCGCAACCAUCUACGACAGAUGGCUGCACAAGCUAUUGGACUGGGUCCAUUUUUGGUAUCACCAGACAGUCAGUCGCGUGAAGAUAGUACUACGGAUGAAGAUGACGACGGACAACCUCCUGCAUCAGAAUUGCGACUAGGAUAUCCGAGUAAAUCUGAGUCUGUUCAAAAUAUCGAAGCGCGGUCUCCAGAAGGAUCCAGUUUGUCAGUGGGUCUCAUUUCUCAGCAAUCUCCACAAGGAGGAAGGUAUCGCUCAGGUUCAGUGGCCCACGCUCGAUCGAAUUCUAUGACUAUAGCACCGAUACCCCCAUACCCAUCAACGGUAUCCGCCCUUAUGUCCUUCAAGCAAUGUAAUGGGGUGUUCCCAAAAUAUUACCCACCUUCUUCGUUGCGCAUAUUUGCCCUUUCUAAGAACUGGAAGAGCCGUUAUUUGAUUUUGUCAACACCCGCUACACUAGUAACACGAGGACAAGGCCCUGCGGUUUCCUACUUGCACCUAUUCAAGACUUCAGGUCUAGAAGAGAAGGAGUUGGAAAGGUUGGAGAUCAAUGAGGAUAGUGUCGUUUUUGUUUCCGAGGAAGAAGUCGGGGGCAAAAGACAUGUCAUCAAGGUCGGAGGUGCAGACGUUGGUGCGAUGAAGAAAGAAUAUACCCAUGAAGAAGGAGGUCAUACUAUGUGGUUGUUGCAGAUUCCUGACCAAGUUGAGGCACAGAAAUGGAUUACUGACAUCAAGAACGCUAUUCUUGGGCAACGUACCGUCAGAGCUGGAUUAAUACCAGCACAUACAUUGGGCCACAAUGAACCUCGAGGGGAUAUGGAUGUUAUGCUUACUAUACGGGCUCAAAAUUUAAUUACAUCACCCAAUCCCAACACAAGAUCACCACCGCCGAUUACCCCUAUAAAUACCUCCUUCACUGAGUCAAAAGGGACAUAUGCGUCCUCGAUUUCAUCUCACUCCCUGCGCUCACAAACAACUGUCCCCAAAACACCUACUACCGGUGCUGUAUCAACAUUAAAGGGUCUUUUCUCGAAUUCGCGCCCGCGGUCUACAUCUAGGGCAGCAUCCAUCGAAUCCGAACGACAAGCUGAAAGAGAGGGCUACGAGGAAUCGUUUACGAGCAUGGGGAGUAAUCUUCUAAAUAUGCUCCGUUCAAAUACUCCAGAUACACAAUCCAUCAACACUACCAUAAGCACGCCCAUAACGCGUUUACCGUUCUCUGGUCCAGUUAGCCCACUCGACCGUCGAAUUGAUAGGAAAAUUCUCUCAGAACAUCCACCUAUUCAGUGGGCUAGUGUUGAACCAAACCCGUCGUCAUCUGUACCUGUAAACAGGACCACCAGGGGUUUCUCUGUAGGUGCAAUGUCAUUGCAGCCUCCUCCACGAAAACGUUGGACAUCAACGACUUCUUCUAUUGCCAACCAGGAUGCCACGGCCGAAGCUAUUGGAAACGAUAGAUCUCGCCGGACGAGCCUCACACAAUCUGUAAUGUCUACUGAACGAGCCGAAACUGAGCCUCCAUCGAGUCCAGGUCAUUUGUCAGCCUUCCAAAUCGGUACCCCUGAACAACGCCCACGGGCCCCAUCCCUUCAAUCAGUUUCGACUUAUGCAUCAGCAGAUAAUGCGAUGAGCAUGGAACAAUCAAGUUUGAGCACAAAGCGAAGUUCUGGUGCAAGAAGUGCACGACGGUGGUCACGACAAGGCGUCCUUCCAACUCGACUGACUCCUCCAAGUGACCCUCCUCCAGCCAUUCCCAUUGUGUCUAUUCCAUCCGUUACGCCCUCAUCCACAUCUGAACGAGCGAAUACACCGAGUUCGGCUCAAAGCAGCGAUAAGAGUGUUGUCUCUAAUUUACCAACGUUCAACAAGAGAGCGUCGGGUUCGUCUGUACGCAGUUUCGUCUCUUACAAGACAUCCCAUUCUACUCCCAGCUCGACGACUGCUAAUUCCAAUUUUAAUUUGGGUACCAUCACUGCUCGUGGAGCGUCUCACAGGGCAUCUAUGCCCCCACCCCGCCCUGCACCCACAUCUGCUCUUCCUCCAGCUCCUAUUCCCGUUGAACCCUCACAAGAUAUAUUGAAGCCAUUGGAAAAUGUAGCGAUAUCCUCCAAAUCAUCUUUCCGCAACUCUGUAGCCCAUCGUGGGUUCAGAUUAUCGACAAUAGCAGCCCCUAAACCCCCACCAUCUACCACCCUUCCUCCACGUCCUGAUGAACCCGAGUUCCAAUCGCGCCGACGCUCUUCAAGUGGCGGCAGCAGCAUUAAUGUUAUCCAUACGCACAGUCCACAACUAGAGACCAUUCCCGCAUCACCUAUACCCCCAGCUAAACUUAUUAACCCAUUCCCUCCUCCCAACGGACCAUUACCUCCAACGCCACCUAUUCCACCUUCAUCACAUAACACACCACAAGCUAUUGUAACGACUAAACGUGCCACAUCUAUUAAGGAACGCCUACGAAAAAUCAGUGCUCCAUCUGGAUCUGGAAACCAACAACAAGCAGCUCGCGCACAGUUUACACGACCCCCAAGCGUUUCUAUUUCUGCCGGAUCGCCAAUUGUAUCAACCUCGCCCCCUCCUACGCCCAUUGGAGAGAAAAUCACAAUGUUUCAAAAUGAUCCUAGUUUCCUUCAAAUGCAUACCCCUACGAUACCACCUUUCAUCCCUCAGGCUCUUCUUUCUCUUCCCGUCGAAGACGAAGAAAUAGCUGAGGUUACUUCACUUUCUCCACCACCACGACGGGGGUCCAAGCAAUUACUAGAGACUGAGAUGGAGUCUUUCAAGAUAUCUGUUCCCUCAGCUGGGGAGAUUCAAAAUGACCUACCAUCGACAGAUGCACCUCGACACCUUUCACUGUCACGUCCGGGAUCCAUUAUAUCAACUCGUAGUCGUCUUUCACAGGAAGCUAUUGAUGCAGAUUGGGAAAGCCCGAGAGAGGAGAUAUCACCAGAACAACCUCCUUUCCAGGAGAGGCUUCCGUCGCCGAUAGAAUCAUGUCAGAUAUCUCUUUCUCGACCAGGUUCUAUGAUUUCAUUGGGAAGAUGA